AUGCGUCCCGAGCGUCGCAUCGAGCCGACGUCGUUCGACGCGAUCGUCGUCGGCACGGGCCUGCCCGAGUCGCUGCUGGCAGCGGCGCUGUCUCUGGCGGGGCGGCGCGUGCUGCACGUGGACUGCGCCGCCUUCUACGGGUCGCACUGGGCGUCGCUGCCGCUCGACCAGCUCGCGCAGUGGGCGGCGAGCGGCGGGCGCAUUCCGCCUCCGGUGGAGAACGAGGACGCGCAGACCAACGGGUUUGCGGACGACGACGAUGAGCGCGGGGAGGAUGCGCGCAGAGCUGCUGAGGAAAGCGCGGAAGGGGACGGUGGAGUGCUGGGCGGCGACGCGGGGGCAGGACGGAGAGACGGGGAGGGGGGUGCGGAGGAGAGGCAGGAGGGGGAUAGCGAAGGCAUGGGCGCAACUGAAGAUGGCGCGCGCGUAGGUGGGGAAUCAGGCGCGGGUGUGAGUGGGGGGGCAGAUGCAGUCGCAGGGGCGGGCGAGGUGUCACUUGAAGAGCGCGUGCGGGCGGGGCAAGUGAGGGCGGUGGCGCUGGGGUCGUCGGAGGACGGCGCGCUCUACUCGCGCGUGUCCACCGCCACGUGGCUGCCACGCGCCUCCCACGAGCCCUUCCACCCGGCGCGCCUGCCAGCGGAGCUGGGCGAGGCGCGGCGCUACGCGGUGGAUCUGGCGGGGCCGCGCGUGGUGAUGUGCGGCGAGGACGCCGUGCGCGUGCUGGUGCGCAGCGGCGCGCACCACUACGUGGAGUUCAAGGCCGUGCAGGCCCUGCUCUGCUGGCAGCGGGGGGCGGAGGGGAAGGCGCGGGGGGAGAGUGGCGCGCAGGGGCACGGCGGUGGGGGGGAAGGGGGGCUGGUGCGGGUGCCGACGAGUCGGGGGGACGUGUUUCAGGACCGGCAGCUGCCCCUGGCGGACAAGCGCCGCCUCAUGCGCUUCUUCCACUCCGCCUCCCCCCUCUCCGCCGCCCCUGGCCCCCCUGCCCCCGCUGCUGCCACUGCUGGUGGCGGCGGUGAGGCGAGGGAAGGCGGGGACGAGGGGAGUGGGCAGGUGGGGGGGGAGGGGAAGGAGGAGGGGAAGGCGGCGAGCGGCAGUGAGGGAGAGGGAGAGGGGGAGGGGACGUUCACGGCGCUGCUGGAGGCACACGAGCUGCCAGCACGCGUGCAAGACUUCAUUCUGUAUGCCAUCGCCCUGCUGCCAUGCACCCAGCACCCCACACUCCCUGCCACUGCUGCCACCGCUGCCAACAGUGCCAGCGGUGGCAGCAGCAGCAGCAUCAGCAGCAGUGGGGGAGGAGGGGAGGGGAUGCGGGGGGGCGUGGUGACAGCGGCGGAGGGGCUGGCUCGCAUGGCGCUCUUCCUCAACUCCGUCGGCCGGUGGGUGCUGCCUGCUGCCUGCUGGGUGGCCGCUGUGUGCAUCGUGCUGGCACGGCACAGGGGUGGGUGUGAGGCGGUGGUUGCCCGCAUAUGCUGGCCCUCAGGGCAGGGCAGCUCACCACCGCAUUCGCCACGCCCUUUCAUGCGCCAGCCCCUCCCAUCUGCAGCCUUUUUGAUUGGUGUGCAGCUCUGCUCCCGUGCGCAUGUGUACGGCGCGGAGGCGGGCAUGAUGGUGGCGCUGUACGGCAUGGGCGAGCUCGCCCAGGCCUUCUGCCGCCUCGCUGCCGUCAAGGGCGCCCUCUAUGUGCUGCGUCGGCCCGUGGCGUCUCUUCUUGUGAAUGCACACACGGGGCGGUGUGAGGGAGUGGCGGUGGAGGACGGGCAGGUGCUGGGCGCGCCCCUCGUGCUCCUCGGCCCCUCCUUCCUCCCCAAGCCGCUGCCCCCCACACCACCCACAGCACCACCCGCAAAAGAGCCCGCAGCGGUGAGCGGCAGUUCUGAAGCACGGGGGAGCGCAGCAGGUGGCAGUGACGCGUGUGUGGAUGAGGGGACGAGCCCAGGCGUGGCGGAGCCUCAGUCUCACGGUGGCACUGGCGGCGCUGGUGGUGCUUUGGACAGCGCAGGCAAGACAAGUGCCGGAGGGGAGAGGGGGGAAGUGGAGGAGGAGCAGGAGGAGGGCGUGGUGGCACGCUGCAUUUGCAUCACCAAUGGUUCCCUGCAUCAACACAUGCACACUCUCGUUGCUGUGCUGCCGCCCACCUGUGAGUGCUGCCGCCCACAUCUCGUCUCAUUCUCUUUCCCAUGCAAUGUGCCUCUCACCCCUCACCCACCCGUCCCAUCCCUCUCGCCCACAUCUCGCCCUGCACUUCCCUCCCACUCUCCCUUCGCCAGCACUCGCACCAGGGCUUCCGGAGCAGCCAGUGAGAGUGUGCCAGCUGUCAUCGCAAUGUGCUGUGUGUCCCCAAGGGAAGUGAGUGCUCCUAUUCCUUGCUCGCACUCUCUUCCUGCUUCCCACGCACUGCGCUGCACACACACACACUCUCCCCUCGAAUGGUACCUGCUGUAUCUCUCCACCCGCUGCCUCCCCUCCCACUGCCCUCGCGCCCUGCUGCUGCCCGUGCUUGCUGCCCUCACUUCGUUGCCACACCCCUCCCCCACCACUCAUUCUGCUGCUGCAACUGCUGCUGGAGGUGUGAGUGAGGGGGGUGGCAGGAGCAAGCAAGCAGAGGGAGUGGGUGCGGAGGAGAUUGGGGGGAGAGGGGUGGCCGGGCAGGGGGGGGGAGAGGGAGAUGAAGGAGGGGAGGAAACGGCGUCAUCCAGCCGUAUGGUAUCAGAGCAGGUGGGGUCAGAGGCGGGGGCGGGCGAGGAGCAUGGAGAGGAGGCAGCUGGGAAGGGGAGGCCCACUGCGCUGUGGGCUGUGUUCUUCUCGCAACGCCUGCUGGAUGCCCGCAGUGUGCAGGUAUGGGCCAUGGCAUGCCCGCAGUGUGCAGGUAUGGGCCAUGGGAUGCCCGCAGUGUGCAGGUAUGGGCCAUGGGAUGCCCGCAGUGUGCAGGUAUGGGCCAUGGGAUGCCCGCAGUGUGCAGGUAUGGGCCAUGGGAUGCCCGCAGUGUACAGGAUUCCCGACGCAGGAUUCCCGAUGCUCUCCCCCCCACGGCAGGUGCCGGAGGGCGUGUUUGCAUGCAGCGCUCCGAGCGACUCCCUGCACCUGCAGUCAGUGCUCGAGGAGGCCCAGCAGGUCUUCAUGCGCAUUGCCCCCGGGGAGGAGUUCUUCCCCACCCGCCUGGAUGAGGAGGAGAGGGAUGAUGAGGCGCACGGGUUUGACAAUGCCCGCCCCAUUCUCCCGCGUUCCAUCACCCCGCCCCAUUCUCCCGAUUUCCAUCACCCCGCCCCAUUCUCCCUUUUUCCAUCACCCCGCCCGAUUCUCCUGCUUUCCAUCACCCCGCCCCAUUCUCCCGCUUUCCAUCACCCCGCCCCAUUUCCCCCGCUUUCCAUCACCCCGCCCCAUUCUCCCUCUUUCCAUCACCCUGCCCCAUUCUCCCUCUUUCCAUCACCCCGCCCCAUUCUCCCGCUUUCCAUCACCCCGCCCCGUUCUCCCGCUUCCCAUCACUCCGCCCCAUUCUUCCGCUUUCCAUCACCCCACCCCAUUCUCCCGCUUUCCAUCACCCCGCCCCAUUCUCCCUCUUUCCAUCACCCCGCCGCAUUCUCCUGCUUUCCAUCACCCGCCCCAUUCUCCCGCUUUCCAUCACCCCGCCCCAUUCUCCCGCUUUCCAUCACCCUGCCCCAUUCUCCCGCUUUCCAUCACCCCGCCCCAUUCUCCCUCUUUCCAUCACCCCGCCCCAUUCUCCCGGUUUCCAUCACCCGCCCCAUUCUCCUGCUUUCCAUCACCCCGCCCCAUUCUCCCGCUUCCCAUCACCCCGCCCCAUUCUCCCUCUUUCCAUCACCCCGCCCCAUUCUCCCUCUUUCCAUCACCCCGCCCCAUUCUCCUGCUUUCCAUCACCCGCCCCAUUCUCCCGCUUUCCAUCACCCCGCCCCAUUCUCCCGUUUUCCAUCACCCCGCCCCAGUCUCCCGCUUUCCGUCACCCCGCCCCAUUCUCCCUCUUUCCAUCACCCCGCCCCAGUCUCCCGCUUUCCAUCACCCGCCCCAUUCUCCCGCUUUCCAUCACCCCGCCCCAGUCUCCCGCUUUCCAUCACCCGCCCCAUUCUCCCGCUUUCCAUCACCCCGCCCCAUUCUCCCGCUUUCCAUCACCCUGCCCCAUUCUCCCGCUUUCCAACACCCCGCCCCAAUCUCCCUCAUUCCAUCACCCCGCCCCAUUCUCCCUCUUUCCAUAACCCCGCUCCAUUCUCCCGCUUUCCAUCACCCCGCCCCAUUCUCCCGCUUUCCAUCACCCCGCCCCAUUCUCCCGCUUUCUAUAACCCCGCCCCAUUCUCCCGCUUUCCAGCACCCCGCCCCAUUCUCCCGCUUUCCAUCACCCCGCCCCAUUCUUCCGCUUUCCAUCACCCCACCCCAUUCUCCCGCUUUCCAUCACCCCGCCCCAUUCCCCCGCUUUCCAUCACCCCGCCCCAUUCUCCCGCUUUCCAUCACCCUGCCCCAUUCUCCCGCUUUCCAUCACCCCGCCCCAUUCUCCCUCUUUCCAUCACCCAGCUCCAUUUUCCCGCUUGCCAUCACCCGCCCCAUUCUCCCGCUUUCCAUCACCCCGCCCAUUCUCCCGUUUUCCAUCACCCCGCCCCAUUCUCCCGCUUUCCAUCACCCCGCCCCAUUCUCCCUCUUUCCAUCACCCUCCCUCUUUCCAUCACCCCGCCCCAUUGCCCCGCUUUCCAUCACCCACCCCAUUCUCCCGCUUUCCAUCACCCCGCCCCAUUCUCCCGCUUUCCACCACCCCGCCCCAUUCUCCCUCUUUCCAUCACCCUGCCCCAUUCUCCCUCUUUCCAUCACCCCGACCCAUUCUCCCUCUUUCCAUCACCCCACCCCAUUCUCCCGGUUUCCAUCACCCGCCCCAUUCUCCCGCUUUCCAUCACCCCGCCCCAUUCUCCCGCUUUCCAUCACCCCGCCCCAUUCUCCCGCUUUCCAUCACCCCGCCCCAUUCUCCCUCUUUCCAUCACCCCGCCCCAUUCUCCCGGUUUCCAUCACCCGCCCCAUUCUCCCGCUUUCCAUCACCCCGCCCCAUUCUCCCGCUUUCCAUCACCCCGCCCCAUUCUCCCUCUUUCCAUCACCCCGCCCCAUUCUCCCUCUUUCCAUCACCCCGCCCCAUUCUCCCUCUUUCCAUCACCCCGCCCCAUUCUCCCGCUUUCCAUCACCCCGCCCCAUUCUCCCUCUUUCCAUCACCCCGCCCCAUUCUCCCUCUUUCCAUCACCCCGCCCCAUUCCCCCUCUUUCCAUAACCCCGCCCCAUUCUCCCGCUUUCCAUCACCCCGCCCCAUUCUCCCGCUUUCCAUCACCCCGCCCCAUUCUCCCGCUUUCCAUCACCCCGCCCCAUUCUCCCGCUUUCCAUCACCCCGCCCCAUUCUCCCGCUUUCCAUCACCCGCCCCAUUCUCCCUCUUUCCAUCACCCCGCCCCAUUCUCCCGGUUUCCAUCACCCCGCCCCAUUCUUCCUCUUUCCAUCACCCAGGCCCAUUCUCCCUCUUUCCAUCACCCCACCCCAUUCUCCCUCUUUCCAUCACCCGCCCCAUUCUCCCGCUUUCCAUCACCCCGCCCCAUUCUCCCUCUUUCCAUCACCCCGCCCCAUUCUCCCGCUUUCAAUCACCCGCCCCAUUCUCCCGUUUUCCAUCACCCCGCCCCAUUCUCCCGCUUUCCAUCACCCCCCGCUUUCCAUCACCCCGCCCCAUUCUCCCGCUUUCCAUCACCCCGCCCCAUUCUCCCUCCUUCCAUCACCCUGCCCCAUUCUCCCUCCUUCCAUCACCCCGCCCCAUUCUCCCUCCUUCCAUCACCCCGCCCCAUUCUCCCGCAUUCCAUCACCCUGUUGGUGCAACCCUACG